CCGUGGACCGCCGCCUGGCUGCACCGUGGGCAAAAAUGUGUGUGGUGUGUCAGUGACAAACAAGCAGCCACGGUGCGGUGAUUGUGUACUUGUUGUUGUUAUUUAUGUUACGGAUAAACAGGACUAAAUGGUCCAUCAUCUGUAGGUGAAGCGCGCCUGACUGUUGCACAUGUUUGCUGCUGGGAUGGAAUAAAUUAAAGUCCAGAGGAAUAAAGACCCAAACUCUUCCGUCUCCAUGGUGUUUGAGAGGAAAAUGGACGGGUUCGGUCACACCAUGCAGAAGAAGGCUGCCGAGCUGGAGCGUCUGGCAGAGGUGCUCGUCACCGGAGAGCAGCUGAGGCUCCGGCUGCAUGAAGGGAAGGUGAUCAAGGAUCGGAGGCACCACCUCCGAACUUACCCUAACUGCUUUGUGGGAAAGGAGCUUAUCGAUUGGCUGAUCGAACACAAGGAGGCCUCAGACCGCGAAACGGCUAUCAACAUUAUGCAGAAGCUUUUAGACCAGAGCAUCAUUCAUCACGUGUGCGAUGAGCACCGGGACUUCAAAGACAUGAAGUUAUUGUAUCGAUUUCGUAAAGAUGACGGCACAUUUCCGCUGGACAGUGAAGCCAAGGUGUUCAUGAGGGGACAGAGGAUCUAUGAGAAGUUAAUGAACUCUGAGAACAGCCUAUUACAGACCAGAGAAGAAGGCGGUGAGACGUUUGAGCGCACGUUGAUUGCAUCCGAGUUUAUCGAUUGGCUGCUCCAGGAGGGCGAGAUGGCAACCAGGGAAGAGGCAGAGCAACUGGGGCAGCGGCUUCUUGAACAUGGCAUUAUUCAGCAUGUUACCAACAAGCAUCAUUUUGUUGAUGGGGCUCUCCUCUACCAGUUCAGGAUGAAUUUCCGCCGGCGGCGGCGACUGAUUGAGCUCCUUCAUGAGCGCGCACAAAGUAUCCCCGAGAGCCAGGAUAGUCCCUUCUGUCUCCGCAAGCAGAACUCAGAUGGCGGCAACACCAGUUUCCUCUCAGUGAGUCCCACUAAAGAGAUAAAGGUGUUGCUCGGAGUUCGUCGAAGCAGCAUGAGCAGCAGCUGUGGCAGCAGUGGGUAUUACAGCAGUAGUCCUACACUCAGCAGCAGCCCGCCUGUCCUCUGCAACCCCAAGUCUGUUCUCAAAAGACAAGUGAGUCCAGAGGAGCUCCAGACACCAGGAGGACCAUUUAUAAAGAAGACAUUCACUAUUGUAGGCGACGCUGUGGGUUGGGGAUUUGUGGUACGAGGUAACAAACCGUGUCACAUCCAGGCGGUGGACCCCGGUGGGCCUGCAGCUGCUGCUGGUAUGAAGGUGUGUCAGUUUGUGGUGUCGGUGAACGGACUCAAUGUCCUUUCUCAGGACUACCGGACUGUCAGCAACCUGAUUCUAACUGGACCCAGAACAAUUGUCAUGGAAGUGAUGGAGGAGGUAUAGUUUUGAGGGAAGUCUACAUGAACGACUAGUUUAGGAUGGACCAAGUUCAGGGUGUGGGCUGGAAGGUUUAACACUUCAACUCCACAAUGAUCGACAGAUGUAGACGUUUGGAAUCUCUCUUUGCUGAUCGGUCAAAGCUCAUGAGUCAGAAUCGACGCGUUUGUCAAAAUGAUUCAAACCUUAAGCAAAGCGCACAGGUUUUUUUCCCACCUUAACAAAGGCCAGUGUGGGAGUCACCGGUUCCACACAUGGUGAUCUGAUCCUAAUCCGAAGAUUCAGUCUUUAACAAGCUCCGUCUUUAUGUGGAAAACAAAAACGAGACUUUGAUACAGAGUUGUAUCAUGAGCCUGGUGAGCAGGAUUGCAGCUGCCAGAAGAAUAAAUCAGACUCAUUCUGUGACCUUUCCCCCAGUUUGUUCAAAGCUCCUAAAGGUCCUGCACUGCCCUCUGCUGGUGAGCAGAGAGAAACAGAAUCCUUUGACUUCACAGCAAAAAAACACAGGAGCAGAGGACCUAACAGAAAACCUCAGAAAUUGUAAUUCCACAGUUGGAAUUACCGUGUUAAUUAAAAAGACAAAUAUAUACAAUGAUCCUUGUACAUAUGGAGUAGCAUCAGAAAGGGCAUCCUGUGUAAACCUUGUGCCAAAUUCAGCAUGCAGAUCCGUAGCAGCCGCACACACCCUCAACAUGUGAAGAGCUCCUCGACAGUUAAGUAAAUAAAAUUUACACAUAACUUUCAGAGGUCUACUAGUACAGAGGAUUUAAUAAUAAUAAAAAAAACAAAUCCUGAAAAUGUGUGACAUGAAUAGUGUUUGGAAGUGAUGAUGAUGAUGUGAUGGAGCUUCAUUCUGGCCUAAACCCAAACCUGUUUAUGCACAAAGCUGCAGUAUUGAUGCGAUCACAUAUAUAAAAAAAAUAGAUCAAAUAACUGCCAGUUUUAAAAUGUGCUGCAUAUUUUUGCACACAACUUUCUUGAAUAACCUGAUAAAACCUUUAUAUUUUAUUUAAGAUGCAAAGUGUGACAGGGAAGACCCCCCCCCCACCCCCCCCCCGUGAAAACUUAAUUUUUUAAGAAAAUAACUGGCAGUGUGAUCUGUAUAGUACACCAAAGCCGAGCACUCCUUUAAACAAGAUGGAAAAACAAGAAUCAUUACUUGUAUUGAUCAGUUUGAGUGUUUCUAAUGAUGUUAUAUGACUUGACAAUGAACGUGUGUGUGUGUGUGUGUGUGUGUGUAUUUAUAUCUGCUAAAUUUACCUUGUGAAUUUACAAUCAGACGUCUCUAUUUGAAUAUUAUCUUUUUUGGUUGCCUCUACAGCAUGGCCUUAUUUGUAACAGGCAUUCCAAAAUUUAAGAACACACGCACUUAUUCUCGGUCAGCUAGGUCAAAUAAAUGAAGAUACAUCAUUUAAAUGCCAUGGCUUUGUUUUUGUUUUUUUUUUACAUCUGAUUACAUUUUUUAAAAUAAUAAAAUGUAUAUUUGGGUGAUUUCAAACUUUAUUAGAAAAUUUAAAAAAAUGUAUUUAUCUUUAAUGAUCUUUCCCAUCCCGCCUGCAGGACAGUCACAAUCCAUAAGGAAAUUUUACAAUAAAAUAUCUCCAUUCGUGAUGAUGAAGCUUAUCGGAGAGGUAAACUUUUUGUGGAAAUGAGGGGAAAAAACAGCUAGAUGGCAGUGUGGAUUAAACGUGAAUCUAAAUUUAGUGUUAAGUGAUCCAUUGGAAUUGAUGAGUAGAGUCCAUUAACCUUAAUUUCAGUUCAUUCAGAUUGGGGUGGGGGGCAGGGGAGAUGAAGAGUGUUUCUUGCACCAAAGGUUGACUGAAUAAUGUAUUAUUAUAAGAGAAUCCAGUGGAAUUUAAAGAGGCUGGAAGUUUUGGUUAAUAGGAUUAUUUCUUUUUGUCCAAAGUAACAUUUUGAUGUAAUUUUAUCAUGACCCACUUCAUAUUAUGUACUUUAGACAGCUGCAUGAAAGGAUCAUAAUAAAAUACUGUAGUUUUUUUUAAAUAAUUGCAUGGAUAAUCAGUGCUCAUAUUUCACAUGUGUGUCUGUCAUCCACAGUGAACCGUGAUUAAAAAUAGUUUCAGACAAUUCCUUUAUCUGUCGUGGAAUGAAUAGACAGUGGAAAUAAAUUAGGAAAUAACCCUGUUGUGUCUGAUGAUUUGCAGGCGUUAAUGCUGGAUUUUACGGUUGCAAAGUGAGUUUUACCGGCAACGCGGCUAUUUAGGACCAUAAUCCAGCAUUAACGCCCGCAAAUCAUCAGACACAACAGGGCUAUUCCCAUUCUAAUCCAAUUCCAUCAUUUGCAUGGUUUAUUUUUCUGUAAGUAAUUUGGUCGGCGAAGCUUACUGUAGCAAGAGCGUCGUCGCUCCAGUGCCAUUAUUGACAGCUGCGUAGCAAAGCAGUCAGGGCGCAGAGUAAUACAUCAAAUGUGAAACGGUCAAAUGUUUUGCCACCGUCAAAUCGAUAUUUUAUGGUCGGAAAUCUCACACGAUUAACCAAACAGAUUUGUGGAACAAAUGUAAUUGGAUUAGAAUGAUGGUUUGUUCAGGACAAACAGCCAGAUGACAGUAAACAUGUACGGAGUUAAUGUAGUGACCGUCUGUGUGUUUAGAAGCUAAAAUGCAUGAAUUCUAUCACUCUUUCACUUCUAAACCAAAUAUUUUCUUCAGUCAGCUGACUUUUAAAACUUUUGUUUUUGCUCCUGCAAGAAAAUAUUAACUGAACACAAAUCUCCACAGAUGAACAAAUGUAAAUAAUAUUUUGUAAUAUUAAACCGUUUUUGUGAUGUCGGACAUCAUCACUGUGAUGUCAACUGUCGGUUCAGCUCAUGUUGCUUCAUGGAUGAAGGUGAAGUUCAGUUCUGCUUUGUUGAAGGCAUUAGGACACCUGACACAGAGGCUUAAAUAUUCUUUUUUUUAAUGUCAGAUUUUGUGGGAUCUUUGAUGCAAUUGUUCAAUUUAUGCAUUAUCUGGUGUCAGAUAGUUCUCAUAUUUUCUUGGAUCAAAAAGACCAAAAAAGUGAGUAAACUAAACCUUUAUUGUUGACACGGCCAUCCGAAAAUCAAAAAAUGACACAAACAAGCAUGUCCAAAUGAUGAUGUGACUAGUUUACAUUUUUGUCAGUGAGAUAAAAUUUGCUCCCAAAAUUAAUGGAGAAAAUAUAUGUCCAGUCUAAUCUGCAACUAAAACUAGACAGUUUUUGCUGAAAAGAUUAAACGUGAAGUCAAACCUAAUGCAUGUGGACAUUUUUGUUGAUGAGAUAAAAGUAGAUUUCAAAAUGAACAUAAAUACUGUAUGUAUGUUCAGACUCAACUGCAACUGAAACUACUGUACAGUAGUUCACGUUUUACCAGUGAAAUCAAGAAGGGUAAAAUUAAGACAGUAAAAUGUGACUGUCAUUGACCAUUUUUGUUGACAAAAUUGGGUGCUAAAAUUAACUUGCAUAAGCAUGCACAGAAUAAAAACACUGUUGACAACAUGAAUGGGGUGCCAAAAUUAAUGCAAACUUGCAUGUCCAGACUAAAUUGUGACCAAAACAGUGAACAUUUUUGGUGAUUAGAUAAAAAUUUGAUGCCAAAACUAAUGCAGACAUGCAUGUCCA